CAGCAAAGGAUACAAGCAAAAAAGUCAGCGCAAUAGAAGAGAGAGAAGAGACGAAAAAGAGUAAUCAACAGACAGUAAGGAAUAGGAAAAAUAAACAAAACGGAAGUGGGAACGUCAGAAAAGAGCAUGUAUCAAACCAGAAAUAUAAGGAAAAACAGGAGAAGCAAGGGAAACAAAAAUCAAGUCAAUAUCAAACAGAAGAGCACAGAAAGGAAGAGCAAGAGACAGAAAGAACACUACGGGAGACUGACGAGAUGAAGGGAAUGAAAAAAAGAGAUAAGAAGGAACAAAAACAGGAACCAGAGACAACCGGGAAGGAGAACAAACGAGAAAGAUUAGGUGGUAAAGUUAAAGAGAGAAAAAUACGACAAGGCACCGGAAAUAACAUCGGCAAACGACAGAGUAUCAAAGAAGCACGAGAGGAAGAAAGAAAGAAACGGAGAAAAACCAGAACAGGGCAGUAUCAAGAGCUAAUAAAAGAAAAAGAGGAUGAAGAGAAGGGAGUAACAGAAGGAAAUGAGAAACACGACGGUAAGAAGAAAACGGUAGAAAACCAACGAAUAAGCAACACAAGGGCAACAGGAGAAAAAAACACAUUAGAGAAGCAUACACUAAGACAAGGAAAGGGAGAAGAAGCAAUGAACAAGAAGGCAACAGACAGGAAAGAAAUAGGAAAGGAAAGUGAUAGAAGAAUACAACAAAUAAGUAGUAAAAAUCAACGAGAAGAAGGAAUAGACGAAACAAAAAGUAAAGAAAAUAACAUAACAAGAAAAGACAAAAGAAGAGAGAAAAGAACAAUAGAGAUAGAAAA